GCCCAGGCCCGCUCCCCGCCGACUCAGGAGGGCGCGGGAGGUCGGGCGCGCAUUCUCGCAGUCGACGACGAGCCGCAGAUACUCCGCCUCGUCCGGAACACGCUAUCGGACGCAGGCUACACCCCCAUCGUGACCGGCGAUCCGGAUGAGGCGCUCCACCUCAUCGAGCAGGAGAAGCCCCACCUCAUCCUGCUGGACAUGAUGCUGCCCGGGACCGACGGCAUCGAGCUGAUGAAGCGCAUCUCGAGAUCACCGACGCGCCGGUCAUCUUCCUGUCCGGCCACGGCGGAGAUCAGAUUGUCGCACGGGCCUUUGAGGCGGGAGCCGACGACUACAUGGUCAAGCCCUUCUCGCCAACCGAGCUGGCGGCCAGAAUCGAGGCGGUACUGCGCAGGCGGGCGGCGUCCGACCGGAGCAGGAGCACGCGAACCGUAUGUGCUGGGAGACCUGACGGUCAACUAUGCAGAACGCCGCGUCACAGUGGCCGGACGUCCGGUGCGACUGACCGCGACCGAGUACAAGCUGCUCUUCGAGCUUUCGAUCAACGCCGGACGGGUGUUGACCCACGACCAACUGCUGGGACGGGUCUGGGGCCGGGACUACUCCGGCGAUUCACCGCUCCUACGCUCCUUCGUCAAGAAGCUUCGCGGCAAGCUGAAGGACGACGCCAACAGCCCCAGGUACAUCUUCACCGAGCCUCGCGUCGGCUACCGCAUGGCAAAGACCUAG